UGCGGCUUCUUCCGGAGAAAUAAUCGAGAAAAGUUAGAAGGUCUGAAGGAAAGCGUUCAUCGGCAGAGUGUAUACCGUAAAUCAAUGCGAGCAAGUAUGCUUGCAGCAGCCAGAUCCAACGCGGGAGACAAUUCCGAACUUCUAUUUAAUGACGACGAUGUACAAAAUGAAUAA